UUGUAUCAAUAUGUUUGAUCACGAUGUGAAAAAUGAAUGGCAGAAAAACGAUUGGAACAAUUUCCGUCUUUUACCGCUAGGUGUUAUGGAUAUUAUGACACGCCCACUGUGGCGGACUAUAAAAUCAAAAAGAUUGAAAGCCUGGAAAAAUAUAUAUAUCUACACCACCCCCCAAAAAAAAAAAAAGCUGUGGAUUUUUGUCAAUCCUCCCCUGAUUCGGGAUACAGCAUUAUCAUAGUCAUUGCACGCUUUGUGUAAGGGCUAUUGUAGAUUUAUAUGUUUUAAAUUUAUUAUUAAGGUGUGGAUUGUUCUCCAUCCACCCAUGUUCAGAAUAUACUGUACCAUCUUCAUAGUCAUGGCAUGCUUGGGUCAAUAGCUUUUGACGAGAGAAAACCGAAUAUCAAAUAUAAAACACAUUUUACCGUGGUAAAUAACCUUGUGUAUUUGUGUACGGUACUUACGGUUUAUAUUGGCUCGCUGCCAGCUGUACAAGAAGGGGUGUAGCCAGAAAUACUUUGUGGCUGUCCUAGACUGCGAUACGUGCAGGGAGUGCACGUCGCUGUGGCGGACGGGUGGACCAAGGGCGCGUUCAGCAGGAAAACGUUUUGGAACGUUCAGAUAGAAAUGUAAUGAAUAGAUGCAAUAUGAUUCCUUGGUCUUGUUCUAACUGAACGUGGCCCAGGGAACACACUAAACAGAGACGCGCGACUCGCCCUGAAUCCUCAGGCCAUUUCGGAGGGCCAGGAUCCACCACAGCCUGAAGCGAUCCUCUGACUUGGAGUAACAGCUGUCAAGCUAGCAACUACCUGAAAACGGUGUAAAGACAGACAGACAAACCGCAGGAGACAACGAGGAAGUUGGUGAGGGAUUGUCAAGGCAUGCACAUUUUCAUCAAGUAGUCUCUGUCCACCGUUGUUCAGAUUAGUACUCAUCACAUACGCCCCUACCAGUCACCAUGGAGGAUGACCUGAUGUUCAGUAUGGACGAGGUGGGCAGUGCCCAGCGUAACCCGCUACAACAGAGGACCCCUGAUCAACGGGCUCCAUCUCUUAGCGACGCUUACGAUAGCGACGAGGACGACUAUUACAUCUGUCCAAUCACAGACGACCCUGUCAGCCAGGCCGAAGACAUCUGUGGCUAUUUGAAGAAUCUGGUCCACAGCAAGCAGCUGUCCAACUCCCCAAAAAAGUCAUUCUCCUACAAGAAUGAAACGGAGAAAGAAACUCCACAACAACAGUCUGUCGGUUUUGGGGCGUUUUCUGACAAUGCACGGGAGGUGUGGAAAAGAGCCAUAGAGAAGGCCAAGGCCAUGCCUGACCCAUGGGCUGAGUUUCACCUGGAGGAAGUCGAGACAGAGCCAUGCAUACGAUACAGGUACAAUGCUAUCACUGCGGAGUGGUCUCAAGACACAGUGCACAUCAAGAUUUCUGGCCAGCCUUUUGGACGUGGGGCCAUGAGGGAAUGCUUCAGAACGAAGAAGCUCUCUAACUUCUCCCACAGUAGUAACUGGAAGAGUGCGUGCAACUAUGUGACGAAGCGCUACAUGGAGCCUGUGGACAAGGAUGUGUACUUUGAGGAUGUCCGGCUGCAGAUGGAGGCCAAACUCUGGGGAGAAGAGUACAACCGCCACAGGCCACCCAAACAGGUGGACAUCAUGCAGAUGUGUGUGAUUGAGAUGAUGGAGCGUCCUGGUAAACCUCUGUACCACCUGGAGCACUACAUCGAGGGGAAGUACAUCAAAUACAACUCCAACUCUGGCUUUGUCAAGGAUGACAACAUCAGGCUCACUCCACAGGCAUUCAGUCACUUCUCGUUUGAGCGUUCGGCCCACCAGCUGAUCGUGGUGGACAUCCAGGGGGUGGGGGACCUCUACACGGACCCUCAGAUCCACACAGAGAAGGGGACGGACUUCGGAGAUGGAAACCUGGGUGUGCGAGGCAUGGCACUGUUCUUCCACUCCCACCUGUGUAAUAAGAUCUGUAAGAGUAUGGGGCUCACACCCUUUGACCUCUCCACUGCAGAGAAAAGCCAGCUAGACUGCACCAACACACUGCUGAAGUCGGCCCAGACGGUACUGAGGGGUAGUGAGGAACAGUGUGGUUUUGCUCGUUUUCGUACUAUCUCAGGGGGCCGUGUGCCCCCACUUCUCUCCCGCCUGUCGGAGACCUCGUCUGGGGACGACUCUAUGAGUGACGUAAGUGACUCCAUCCCCUGCUCGCCCCUCGCCUUCCCCGGCUCUCCACUAGGACAGCACUUCUCUAUGGGCUCCAUGGGCAAGUCUCCUCUGGGUUGGUCUUUCAUAAAUGAGAUGGAUGAACGGGAGAAACACAACUGCAGCCGCAGCCCAGAACACAAGGACUCAGAGAAUGGAGGAGACAGUGGUUGUCCAAGUGAGAGGAGGAGUGAAGGGGACCCCAACGACCAUGCAGAUGGGGCCCGCCCCCACCGCUACAACAGAUACUACUCUGAGUCGGACGAGGACAGUGUGAGAAGGCUGACAGAUGAGAAAUGGAGUGUCUACCACUCGUCUCGUUCUCACUUCCACCGGCCAUCCUGUGUUGCUGUGGAGAUGGAGAGACUCGACUCGCUAAUCCUGGAGAGGAAGAUCGGCAAGUCCAUCCUGGGGAAGGUCCACCUGGCGAUGGUGCAUUACCACGAGGCUGGUCGAUUCUGUGAGAAGGAGGAGCAGUGGGACCAGGACUCAGCCAUGUACCACCUGGAGAGAGCCGCCAUGUGUGGGGAACUAGAGGCUAUCGUAGCCCUGGGACAGUGUUGCCUACAGCUGCCACACCAUAUACUGUCAGAGAUGGAGCUAGAGGACAACUCAGGGUGUCGUAUGAAGGGCUUUAAGCUCCUACUGCAGGCUGCUGAGGCAGGACACAGACCCUGCAUGAUCCUGGUGGCCAGGGCCUUCGACACCGGCAUCAACCUCUCACCAGACAGGUCCCAGGACUGGAAGGAGGCGAUGAGAUGGUACAACUGUGCCCUGAACAUGACAGACUAUGAUGAGGGGGGCGAGUUUGACGGCAUUCUGGACGAGCCUUGCUACCUGCUGCUGGCCAGAGAGGCUGAGAUGUACCAGGAGGGGGGCCACAGCCUGGACCCAGACCCACAGAGAGCAGGUGAUCUGUUCACAGAGGCAGCAGACGCAGCCAUGGAGGCGAUGAAGGGCCGACUGGCCAACCAGUACUAUAUGAAAGCAGAGGAGGCCUGGGGCAUGAUGGAGGAAGAGGAGUAGGAGACGAAGGGGCUGUCAUUCUGUAAGGCCAAAGGAAUCGGCUAAAGCAGAAACAACCUGGAACCCAGGAUAAUGUUGUGAUGGAUCCUCCUCCCUAACGGUUUAAAGUUUACAGACACAUUCACUGUGUGAUUUCCAAAAUGCUGUGUGAGUGUUUGAUCUGUAUAUUACCUUUUAUGCAGCCGUCCUCCGGCCUAGCUGUCUUUCUUGGUGCUGUAGAGGGAAUUAUGUCUGGUCCUUGUCUUGUACUUUUCUAUUCCUGUCCCCAUUGCCCUCUGGACAUAUGAAUGUGGUUGCAUUUCAGAGGCAAUUUUCUAAAAACAUGUGUGUGCUUGCUAGCUUAAAGGGAUACUUUGGGAUUUUGGCAUUGAGGCCCUUUAUCUACUUUCCCAGUCCGAUGAACUUGUGGAUACCUUUUUUUGUCUCUGUGUCCAGUAUAAAGGAAGUUGGAGGAAGGUUUGUGAGCCAAUGCUAAUUUCUUAUAUAUAUAUAUUUUUUUUAACCUUUAUUUAACUAGGCAAAUCAGUUAAGAACA